CGGCGGGCCGGGCCCGGCAGACCUCCGCGCGCCCUCGCGAGCCGAGCGCCGGCAUGACGGGCUCGCUGUUCAAGGGCAACUUUUGGAGCACAGACAUCCUCAGCACAGUCGGCUAUGACAGCAUCAUUCAGCACCUGAACAAUGGCCGCAAGAACUGCAAAGAGUUUGAGGAGUUUCUCAAAGAAAGGGCAGCCAUUGAAGAGAAAUAUGGCAAAGAUCUGCUCAACCUCUCCAGGAAGAAGCCAUGUGGACAAUCUGAGAUCAACACCCUGAAGCGAGCCCUGGAGGUCUUUAAGCAGCAAGUAGACAGCGUGGCACAAUGUCAUAUUCAACUUGCACACACUCUCAGAGAAGAGGCCAGGAAGAUGGAGGAAUUCAGGGAAAAGCAAAAGUUACAACGGAAAAAGACUGAGGUUAUAAUGGAUGCUGCCCAUAAACAAAGGAACUUACAAUUCAAGAAAACGAUGGAUGCCAAGAAGAACUACGAGCAGAAGUGCCGGGACAAGGAUGAGGCGGAGCAGGCUGUCCACCGCAGUGCCAAUUCUGUCAACCCAAGGCAGCAAGAAAAGCUUUUUGUGAAACUGGCAACUUCAAAGACUGCAUUAGAGGACUCAGACAAGGCGUACAUGCUGCACGUCAACAUGCUGGAUAAGGUGCGAGAAGACUGGCAGAGCGAACACAUCAAGGCCUGCGAGGUGUUUGAAGCUCAAGAAUGUGAACGAAUAAACUUCUUCCGGAAUGCAGUGUGGUUACAUGUGAAUCAGCUGUCACAACAGUGUGUCACAAGUGAUGAAAUGUAUGAGCAAGUCCGUAAGAGUUUAGAAAUGUGCAGCAUCGAGGAGGACAUCAAGUAUUUUGUGGACCAACGCAAAACUGGGCAGGUUCCACCAGCACCUAUCAUGUAUGAGAAUUUCUACUGCCCCCAGAAGAAUGCUGCUCCACCAGGAAAGGCUACAGGGCCCAAUUUAGUAAGGAGAGGACCUCUCCCAGUUCCUAAAAGUUUACCAGAUGACCCUGAUUACUCGCUGGUCGAUAACUACAGCUUGCUCUAUCAGUAGCACCCGUGAGAGAAAGCUUUUCCCAGCUAGUGCUUCUGUGGCAUGGAAAGAGGCACGGGAGCAGCAGAAUCCUGUCAAUCAUGAAGACUGAUGUGAACCCUUAUUGUAAUUUUUUUUGAUAUUUUAAAUUUACAGUAGACAUUUUGCUGAACUUAACUAAGUAGAGUUCUGAAAUUUGUUGGUAAAGUUUACACAUUACCCGAGGCUGAAGAAUUAUUCUUUCCUGCUCAGUUACUAAAGCCAGGAAAGGUGUUUCCUCCCCGAGAUGCGGGAUGUCUCUGGAUUCCCUGCAUUGGUUUUUGAGGAGGGCAGACGUGGUGGCGGAGGAGGCGAGCUGUCAGUUUGGCAGAUGCUCCUUGGGCUGUAGGAAGCAUGGCUAUGCAGUGUUUACAGUGACACCCCCUCCCAGAGACACUGAGAUUUAAAUUUACCUUCCUUUUUGCCUAGAGGACCUAGAAGCUACCUGAUCAAACUUGCUCAAGAGCCACAAGUGUGAAAUCAAUUUCUUUACAGUUCUUUCAGCUGAUUAGAGACAGAAGUAGAUGUAGAGUAUGGAUGAGUUCAUUCCACCUCACCCUUGAGGAGGCUAUGAUGUUAAUGCUAAAGUUGAAACACACACACACACACACACACACACACACACACACACACACACACACAGAGCCUGGUCAUUUUUUGUUGUUUGUUUUUUGAGGUAGGGUCUCACUCUGGCCCAG